AUGUCUUCAGUGACCCUCUUUGCUUCCAUCUUAUAUCUUCUACUAGUUUUUGCGAACAAUGUUGUUUCAAUCGACUACGGAUUAGCACUUAGGAAAUCUUUGUUGUACUUCGAAGCCCAGAGGUCCGGGAAAUUGCCCCCAAACCAGCGUGCCCAGUGGAGAGGCGAUUCAGCCCUUCGUGAUGGCAACGAUGUUGGAGUGGAUUUAGUGGGCGGAUACUAUGAUGCCGGGGAUAACAUCAAAAUCGGAUUCCCAAUGGCAUUUACGGUGACGAUGCUUUCUUGGAGCGCGGUGGAGUUUGAGUCCCAACUGGUAGCCAAGGGAGAGCUAUCGAACGCAUUGGAAGCAAUCAAGUGGGGAACCGAUUACUUGAUGAAAGCGCAUCCAGAGCCUUAUGUGCUCUACGGUCAAGUGGGAGACGGUCGUUCAGAUCAUUCAUGCUGGGAGAGGCCGGAGGACAUGACGACGCUUAGAACUGCCUACAGGUUCGAUGAACAGCACCCGGGAGCCGACCUGGCUGGAGAGACAGCCGCUGCUUUGGCUGCCGCGGCAAUAGCUUUUCGUGGAUCGGAUCCUGCUUAUUCUUCCCAACUCAUUUCUCACGCAAAACAGUUGUUCGAUUUCGCCACGAAAUUCCCAGGCAAGUUUUCAGACAGCAUCCCAGACCUCCGGCAGCUUUAUAGCAGCAGCGGCUUUGAGGAUGAACUAUUGUGGGCUGCAGCCUGGCUAGAGCGAGCUACGGAAGGCAAAACCUACGCCGAGUACCUGAAUCAAGCGGCAAGUUCAGGUGGAACCAGAUCCAUGUUCUCUUGGGAUGACAAAUAUGUCGGAUCUCAAGUCCUCGUUGCAAAGGGUUUGCUGGAGGGUAGAUUUUCAGGAUACGGGAACCUUGGUCAGUACAAGAACAGCGCUGAGCAAUUUAUCUGCAAUUGCAUCCAAAAAGGAAGCAGCAAUGUUCAGAAGACCAGCGAAGGGCUUCUUUGGUUUGAUUUUUGGAAUAAUCUCCAAUACGUAACCACUGCAGCUUUCACCAUUUCAACCUAUGCAGACACCCUUGCCAGGGCCCAAACUACGCUUCAGUGCCCAGCAGCUUCUGUUACUCCAGAUAAGCUAAUCACAUUUGUCCAAUCACAGGUGGAUUACAUACUUGGUUCAAAUUCGAAGGGGUUUAGUUACAUGGUGGGAUUUGGACCAAAUUACCCACAGCAGGUCCACCACAGAGGAGCAUCAAUUGUGUCGAUUAAGGAAGACAAAACUCCUGUAUCUUGCCAGCAGGGUUUUUCUGAUUGGUUCAACAAGAAUGCACCAAAUCCUAAUGUCCUGGAUGGUGCAAUAGUUGGAGGACCAGACCAAAAUGACCAGUACACUGACAAAAGAAGCAACUAUUAUCAAGCUGAGGUUGCAACGGCCAACAACGCUCCCCUUGUUGGAGUUUUGGCUCGUCUGGCUUGA